CAAAGUUAAAAGCUUAAACGAACUCUAAAUGAACUUUAUUUUUCUUACCACCAAGAAGGUAAAAAAUUGACAUCUACGAAAAGAGAUGCCCUUUGGAAGCAGACGCGUCACAUUCAGCAAUCAAGUACAAGAGGAGGUGAUCAUAGACCAUUUUCCUGACGAGUUAACGAAAAAUAGUUACGGGAAAUGAGUAAACGUUACGACUCAUACAGAGGUUCUACCGAAAAUCAGUAUCAUAGUCCAUACCGUUCACGAAAUGUAAAUUACAGUGACAGCCAAACACGCAGUUCACCUUCGUCAAAUUAUCGGCCCCGUGGUUCCCGUUCUUCAUAUGAUGGUCGAAAUGUUACACCAGCACGGUCCAGUUGGCAUUCAUCUCCUAAUGCAAGACGGACUCUACAACAGGCAUCAAAACGUCCCCCUGUGGAUUAUCAAAAUCAGGGUUCUUCUGAGUCUCUUGCUUCUGCAAAUGCAAUUCAAUUGCCAGACUAUAAUCUAGAUGAGAAACGGAAAGAUGCACUUGCGGAGCACGAGGAAACAACCAAGAAAAGUAUUCUUGCUAGUCAACAGUUCAUUCAUGAAUUGACAGUCUGGGAGAAGCUGCAAUCAGCAGUCUUCCGGGAGACUUUAAGAAGCGAAACUGCUGAAAAAAGUCUUGAAGGUUUUGCAAAUAAUUAUAGUCUUCCUAGACUCUAAGAAAAAUUAUGUGUCAUGAAUUACCAUUUAAAGCCAGUAUUCAUUCGUAUUCUUGUCGAUGAGAAUGAAGUCUUUUUUAAUCUGCCUGAAUGUCAUUACUUCUAUUUUCAUCAUUGAAAAGUCUAUUCUAUGGAAGGGUGGAAACCGUUGGAGGGACGUAAGUUUUUGUGAUGUGUACGAAAAGCGUAGAGA